AUGUACGUGCCGGUCCGUGUGUGUCCAGCGCCAGGCGCUGAGGCCCAGACGGCUUUCCGGGGGCUGAUGGCAGCACCAGCCCGGGGCGGCGGGGCCGGCGGGGCCGGCGGCCCGGGCCCGGGGGGGCUGCAGCCGGGCCAGCGGGUCCUCUACAAGCAGUCGAUCGCGCAGCGCGCGCGCACCAUGGCGCUGUACAACCCCAUCCCUGUCAAGCAGAACUGCUUCACCGUCAACCGCUCGCUCUUCGUCUUCAGCGAGGACAACGUCGUCCGCAAAUACGCCAAGCGCAUCACCGAGUGGCCUCCGUUUGAGUACAUGAUCCUGGCCACCAUCAUCGCCAACUGUAUCGUGCUGGCACUGGAGCAGCACCUCCCUGACGGGGACAAGACACCCAUGUCCGAGCGCCUGGACGACACGGAACCCUACUUCAUCGGCAUCUUCUGCUUUGAGGCGGGCAUCAAGAUUGUCGCCCUGGGUUUCGUGCUGCACAAGGGCUCUUACCUGCGCAAUGGCUGGAAUGUCAUGGACUUUGUGGUGGUUCUGACAGGGAUCCUUGCCACGGCCGGCACUGACUUUGACCUGCGGACGCUGCGGGCCGUGCGGGUGCUAAGGCCCCUGAAGCUGGUGUCUGGGAUUCCAAGUUUGCAGGUGGUGCUCAAGUCCAUCAUGAAGGCCAUGGUCCCGCUGCUGCAGAUCGGGCUGCUGCUUUUCUUCGCCAUCCUCAUGUUUGCCAUCAUCGGCCUGGAGUUCUACAUGGGCAAAUUCCACAAGGCCUGUUUCCCCAACAGCACAGAUGCAGAGCCGGUGGGCGACUUCCCGUGUGGCCGGGAGGCCCCUGCCCGGCUGUGUGAGGGCGGUGCUGAGUGCCGGGAGUACUGGCCGGGGCCCAACUUCGGGAUCACGAACUUCGACAACAUCCUGUUUGCUGUCCUGACAGUGUUCCAGUGCAUCACCAUGGAGGGCUGGACCGACAUCCUCUACAACACAAACGAUGCAGCCGGCAACACCUGGAACUGGCUCUACUUCAUCCCUCUCAUCAUCAUUGGCUCCUUCUUCAUGCUCAACCUGGUCCUGGGCGUGCUCUCGGGGGAGUUCGCCAAGGAGCGCGAGCGGGUGGAGAACCGCAGGGCCUUCCUGAAGCUGCGGCGGCAGCAGCAGAUCGAGCGGGAGCUCAACGGGUACCUGGAGUGGAUCUUCAAGGCCGAGGAAGUCAUGCUGGCCGAGGAGGACAAGAACGCGGAGGAGAAGUCCCCGCUGGACGUGUUGAAGAGAGCGGCCAGCAAGAAGAGCCGGAACGACCUGAUCCACGCAGAGGAGGGCGAGGACCGGUUUGCAGACCUCUGUGCGGUCGGCUCCCCCUUCGCCCGGCCCGGCCUCAAGAGCGGGAGGACCGAGAGCGCGUCCUACCUGCGCAGGAAGGAGAAGAAGUUCCGGUUCCUGGUGCGGCGCGUGGUGAAGGCACAGAGCUUCUACUGGGCGGUGCUGUGCGUGGUGGCGCUCAACACCCUGUGCGUGGCCAUGGUGCACCACAAGCAGCCGCAGCGGCUGACCACGGCACUGUACUUUGCAGAGUUUGUUUUCCUGGGUCUCUUCCUCACAGAGAUGUCCCUGAAGAUGUAUGGCCUGGGGCCCAGAAGCUACUUCCGUUCCUCCUUCAACUGCUUCGACUUCGGGGUCAUCGUGGGCAGCAUCUUUGAAGUGGUCUGGGCCGCCAUCAAGCCAGGAACCUCCUUUGGGCUCAGUGUGCUGCGGGCACUGCGGUUGCUAAGGGUCUUCAAAGUCACCAAGUACUGGAGUUCCCUGCGGAACCUGGUGGUGUCUCUGCUCAACUCCAUGAAGUCCAUCAUCAGCCUUCUCUUCCUGCUCUUCCUGUUCAUCGUGGUCUUCGCCCUGCUGGGCAUGCAGCUGUUUGGGGGCCAGUUCAACUUCCAAGAUGAGACGCCAACGACCAACUUUGACACCUUUCCUGCUGCCAUCCUCACCGUCUUCCAGAUCCUGACCGGAGAGGACUGGAACGCAGUGAUGUACCACGGGAUCGAGUCGCAAGGCGGAGUCAGCAAAGGCAUGUUCUCGUCCUUUUACUUCAUCGUCCUGACGCUUUUUGGGAAUUACACCUUGCUGAACGUCUUUCUGGCCAUCGCCGUGGACAAUCUCGCCAACGCCCAGGAGCUGACCAAGGAUGAGGAGGAGAUGGAAGAAGCAGCCAAUCAGAAGCUUGCUCUGCAAAAGGCCAAGGAAGUGGCCGAAGUCAGCCCCAUGUCUGCCGCGAACGUCUCCAUUGCUGCCAGGCAGCAGAGCUCGGCCAAGGCGCGCUCGGUGUGGGAGCAGCGGGCCAGCCAGCUGCGGCUGCAGAACCUGCGCGCCAGCUGCGAGGCGCUGUACAGCGAGCUGGGCCCCGAGGAGCGGCUGCGCUACGCCACCGCGCGCCACCUGCGGCCCGACAUGAAGACGCACCUGGACCGGCCGCUGGUGCUGGAGCCCGGGCCGGACGGCGCGCGCGGGCUGCCGGCGGGCAAGGCCCGGCCCGAGGGACACGUGCCCGACCCGGGCAAGGAGGGCUCGGCACCCGGGGCCAAGGGCGAGCGGCGAGCGCGGCACCGCGGCCCCCGGGCCGGCGGCAGGGAGGCAGAGAGCGGGGAGGAGCCGGCGCGGCGGCACCGGGCCCGGCACAGGGCGCCGCCCGCCCGCGAGGACGCGCAGAAGGACGGCGAGGCCGAGGCCAGGGACACCGCCAAGGAGCUGCGGAACCACCAGCCCAAGGAGCCACACUGCGACCUGGAGGCCAGUGGGAUGAUGGGCGUGGGUCCUGUGCACACACUUCCCAGCACCUGCCUACAGAAGGUGGAGGAGCAGCCAGAGGAUGCAGAUAACCAGCGUAACGUCACUCGGAUGGGCAGUCAGCCCCCGGGCCCAAGUGCUGCCGGGCAGGUCCCAGUGACGCCGACCAGCCCUCCCGGGGAGACCACAGUUGUCCCCAGUGGCAAUGUGGACCUGGAAAGCCAAGCAGAGGGGAAAAAGGAGGCGGAAGCUGCUGAAGUGACACGCGGCGGCCCCCGACCCAUCGUCCCUUACAGCUCCAUGUUCUGCCUGAGCCCCACCAACCUGCUCCGCCGGGUCUGCCAUUACAUUGUCACCAUGCGGUACUUUGAGAUGGUCAUCCUCGUGGUCAUCGCCCUGAGCAGCAUCGCCCUGGCCGCUGAGGACCCUGUGCGAACGGACUCGCCCAGGAACAACGCCCUGAAGUACCUGGACUACAUUUUCACAGGCGUCUUCACCUUCGAGAUGGUGAUCAAGAUGAUCGACUUGGGGCUGCUGCUGCAUCCUGGGGCCUACUUCCGGGACUUGUGGAACAUUCUGGACUUCAUUGUGGUCAGUGGGGCCCUGGUGGCGUUUGCCUUCUCAGGAUCCAAAGGGAAAGACAUUAACACCAUCAAGUCCCUGAGAGUCCUGCGUGUCCUGCGGCCCCUCAAGACCAUCAAACGGCUGCCUAAGCUCAAGGCUGUGUUUGACUGUGUGGUGAACUCCCUGAGGAAUGUCCUCAACAUCCUGGUCGUCUACAUGCUCUUCAUGUUCAUCUUCGCCGUCAUCGCUGUGCAGCUGUUCAAAGGGAAGUUCUUCUACUGCACCGAUGAGUCCAAGGAGCUGGAGCGCGACUGCAGGGGCCAGUAUUUGGAUUACGAGAAGGAGGAAGUGGAAGCCCAGCCGCGGCAGUGGAAGAAAUAUGACUUUCACUAUGACAAUGUGCUCUGGGCCCUGCUGACCCUGUUCACGGUCUCCACGGGAGAAGGGUGGCCCAUGGUGCUGAAACACUCCGUGGACGCCACCUACGAGGAGCAGGGCCCGAGCCCCGGCUACCGCAUGGAGCUGUCCAUCUUCUACGUGGUCUACUUCGUGGUCUUCCCCUUCUUCUUUGUCAACAUCUUUGUGGCCUUGAUCAUCAUCACCUUCCAGGAGCAGGGGGACAAGGUGAUGUCUGAAUGCAGCCUGGAGAAGAACGAGCGGGCAUGCAUUGACUUCGCCAUCAGCGCCAAGCCCCUGACGCGGUACAUGCCGCGGAACAAGCAGUCGCUUCAGUACAAGACGUGGACGUUUGUGGUUUCGCCGCCCUUCGAGUACUUCAUCAUGGCCAUGAUAGCCCUCAACACGGUGGUGCUGAUGAUGAAGUUCUACGAUGCGCCGUAUGAGUACGAGCUGAUGCUCAAGUGCCUGAACGUCGUGUUCACGUCCGUGUUCUCCCUGGAGUGCGUCCUGAAGAUCAUAGCCUUUGGGGUGCUGAACUACUUCAGGGAUGCGUGGAAUGUCUUUGACUUCGUCACUGUGUUGGGAAGUAUUACUGAUAUUUUGGUAACAGAGAUUGCGGAAACGAACAACUUCAUCAACCUCAGUUUCCUGCGCCUCUUCCGCGCUGCCCGGCUCAUCAAGCUGCUGCGCCAGGGCUACACGAUCCGCAUCCUGCUCUGGACCUUCGUGCAGUCCUUCAAGGCCCUGCCCUACGUGUGCCUGCUCAUCGCUAUGCUGUUCUUCAUCUACGCCAUCAUCGGCAUGCAGGUCUUUGGGAACAUUGCCCUGGACGACGGCUCCAGCAUCAACAGGCACAACAAUUUCCGGACGUUCUUACAAGCCUUGAUGCUGCUGUUCAGGAGUGCCACUGGAGAGGCCUGGCACGAGAUCAUGCUGUCGUGUCUCAGCCAACAGGCCUGUGACGAGCACGCCAACGCCACUGAGUGUGGGAGUGACUUUGCCUACUUCUACUUCGUCUCCUUCAUUUUCCUUUGCUCCUUUCUGAUGUUGAACCUCUUUGUGGCCGUCAUCAUGGACAACUUCGAGUACCUCACGCGGGACUCUUCCAUCCUGGGGCCCCACCACCUGGACGAGUUCAUCAGGGUCUGGGCCGAGUACGACCCGGCUGCGUGUGGGCGAAUCAGUUACAGUGACAUGUUCGAGAUGCUGAAACACAUGUCCCCACCCCUGGGGCUGGGGAAGAAGUGCCCUGCGCGAGUGGCAUACAAGCGUCUGGUUCGCAUGAACAUGCCCAUCUCCAGUGAGGACAUGACUGUCCACUUCACAUCCACACUGAUGGCCCUCAUCCGGACCGCACUGGACAUCAAGCUGGCUCCAGCUGGCACCAAGCAGCAUCAGUGUGAUGCAGACUUGAGGAAGGAGAUUUGCUCUGUGUGGGCCAACCUUCCCCAGAAGACGUUGGAUUUGCUGGUGCCACCCCAUAAACCUGAUGAGAUGACAGUGGGGAAAGUCUAUGCAGCUCUGAUGAUAUUCGACUUCUACAAACAGAACAAAACCAGCAGGGAUCAGAUUCAUCAAGCUCCUGGAGGCCUGUCUCAGAUGGGCACCGUGUCCCUGUUUCACCCUCUGAAGGCCACGCUGGAGCAGACGCAGCCGGCUGUGCUCCGAGGAGCCCGGGUUUUCCUUCAGCAGAAGAGCUCGACCUCCCUCAGCAAUGGUGGGGCGGUACAAACCCAAGAGAGUGGCAUCAAGGAGUCUGUUUCCUGGGGCACUCAGAGGACCCAGGAGGUGCCCUACGAGGCGAGGACCCCCCUGGAGCGUGGCCACUCAACAGAGAUCCCGGUGGUGCAGCCAGGAAAACCAGCUGUGGAUGUACAGAUGCAGAGCAUAGCCCUGAGGGGCCCUGAUGGGGAGCCCCAACCUGGGCUGGAGAGCCAGGGUCGUGCGGCCUCCAUGCCCCGCCUGGCAGCAGACACACAGCUGGCGCCGGACAGCAGCCCCAUGAAGCGCUCGGUGUCCACGCUGGCGCCGCAGCGCCCCCCCGCGGCGCAGCUCUGCAGCGGCGGCCCGGCCCGCGCCCCGGCCCCGCAGGCGCCCGCGCACCAUCACCACCGCUGCCACCGCCGCCGGGACCGCAAGCAGAAGUCCCUGGAGAAGGGGCCCGGCCUGCCCGCGGACAAGGAUGGCGCGCCGCCUCCGGGAGACGGGCCCCCCGGCGGCCGGCGGGAGCGCAGGCAGGAGCGCGGCCGGUCCCAGGAGCGCAGGCAGCCGUCGUCGUCGUCCUCCGAGAAGCAGCGCUUCUACUCGUGCGACCGCUUCGGGGGCCGCGAGCCCGGGCCCCCGCUCGGCAGCCGCCCCGCGUCGCCCACGGCCGCGCCGGAGCCGGGCCCCCCG